AUGAAGGCUGUGCCAAUAAUGAUGUACACAAGGCCUGAUUUGUCAUAUUAUAUCAAUACUGUGUGUCAAUAUAUGACUACACCUACAAAAGCACAUUUUGGUUUGGUCAAACGUAUCUUGAGGUAUAUUCAAGGUACCAUACAGUAUGGCAUUCACUUCACUACAGGCCCUUGGCAUCUGCAAGCCUAUAGUGAUGCAGACCGGGCUGGAGACUUGAAUACACGCAGGCUAAAAAGCAGGGAUCGAAGUUCGAUUGAAGCAGAGUACAGGGCAUUGGCCAAUACAGCUGCAGAUUUAGCUUGGAAUCGACAAGUCUUGUUGGAUUUGAAAGUAUGCUUACCUGAGCCUCCUACAAUUUCAUGUGAUAAUUUGUCUGCAUUGGCUCUUAGUUCUAAUCCUAUAUAUCACUCACGCAUCAAGCACCUCGACAAUGAUUUCCAUUUCGUGCGCGAAAGGGUGCAAAGGAAUGAUAACUACUAG